AUGUUGGGUUUCCACCGCCAAUCGUUAAAAGUCACAGUUCAGAACCAAAGUGGAGCCAUGGAGGUGGAUCAAGAACAGAAUCACGAUGUAGAAGAUGAUCCUUUCCUUCGAUUUGUGGAUUACUCGAUAUCUGUAUUAUCCCCAGCGGAUGACGAAGAUGUAGUUGAUGAAGAAUCUAGUAGACCUGCUUGGAGCUGGGUUGCUGGUCGGAUUAUCAAAACUUGUAAAGCUUAUUCAAGUGGAGUCACACCCGCCAUUCUCCUCUCUGAACUAUCGCAGGCAUGGGCUGAGAAUCUAAGAGGUGGGUAUUCUAAGAAGAAAAGGCCAGAAUGUAUUGAUCAGUUGCAAAAGAAGCAUAAGAGAGGAAAGCUACCCAACACAGUUACAAUCGAUUCAAUCUAUGAAAAGAAUUUCUUGUCAUUGACUAAUGUUCUUGAGGUUGUCAUAGUUGAUGCUUUUCUUCUUCCAGGGACAAAUUUCUACAUGCUUACCUUGGGAGAUUUUUGGAGCUCCAAUACUAUUGAUCUUUAUCUUCAUCGCAGGUUUUAUGACUUGGCUGACCUUAAAAAUGGAAUAUUGAGGAAAGGGAGAGAAAUUUUCCUUACUGGAUGUUAUCUUAGAACAACCUCUCGUGGAUCUGGUCGCCUACGUCUUCUACCAACAGAAUAUCUACUCAUAAUCCUAGAUGAGGAUGAAGAUGAUGACGCAAUGCUGCUUGCAGCACAAUUCUGUUCUGAUUCUUUAUCUUCAGUUUCUGUUGAUGCAGGAAUCUCGUAUUCUUUAUAUGCUAGGAUCGAGUCGAUUGGAUGUUUAGAAAUUCAGGGGAAGUUUGGUAGCUUGCAGAGGAAACAAAUUACUCUUGUAGACAAUGAUAAUUUCAGGGUAAAAUUUGUACUAUGGGGUGAUCAGAUCAUGCUUGCCAAUCUUUUCAGUGUAGGAAGUUGGGUAGCAUUGGAUCGACCAUUUGUUUCAGCUUGUAUUGAAAUGGAUUCAUCUGAAGAAAUAUCUCUGGAAUAUGGGAGUGUUACUCAACUCUAUAUGGUGCCUUUCAUUCGACAUGAAGAACAAGUAUCUGUGGCAUCAACACAAAAUCAUUAUCAAGGGUCAAAAGUGUUGACUGCAGUUGAUCCAAGUCAAGGACCUAAAGUUUCUCAGGUGACCUUGCCAUGUGAUUCUCGGGGAGCCAUUGACUUCAGUAGCUACCCUUUCAGGUUAUUUGCAGGUGAUCUUAGAGACAAGAUGACUAGCAUAAGCAUCUAUGGCACAGUUACAGAUAUUAAAACCACAAAUAAUCAAGAAUCCAUAUUCUUGUUGAGAAUCCAAGAUCCAACUGGAGGAAUAUGGGCUAAGCUACAUUUUCUCAAAUCUUGGUCAUUAGGGAAAUUAAGCAUUGGUCACACAGUAUACAUUGCUGGCUUAACAUGCUCUGUGACAAAACACAAGAGUAUCGAAGUUUCAUGGCAUGAGAAAGAAGGCGGAUCUUUCUUUGUUAACCUCAGUUGCUUACCAGCUUUGCUAAAUUCUUCAUGCCUUCACAAAUCCUCCACACUUUCAGAUCUAUCACUAUCACCCAAAACUAACACACAUGUGUGUCGAAUUUGGCUAGAAAACAUCGAACCCUGUGAUGUAAAUUUACGAUAUUGUCACUCAUUAUGUGGACACACGGUUACAAAGAAACGUGGGUCCCACUGCAGCUUCUGUGGUUGUGACUGUGAUGAUGUCAUCCAUAGUUUCCAUUUAAAAGUCACGAUUGCAGAUGAUACAGGGAAAGUUAUAGCCUGGUGCACAGACCACACAGCUACUGAGCUCCUGCAAAUUUCUCCUGAUGAAUUCUACAACUUGCCUGAGGAAGAGCAAAUAAUGUAUCCGUCUUCUCUUGAGCAUGAGAGGUUCAUUGUUGCAUUGGUUAAUUCGGGAUCAGCGGAUAAUAUCUCCAAUUGGGAAAUCACUCAGGCAUUGAAGUCUGACUAAAAUAUCAAAUCUUUUUAUUUUUGUUUUAUUUAGCAUCCAACAAAAUGAAAUUGAAAACAAACCGACUUUAGUUGCUAUUUGUAACGCUAAGGACUUGGAAAUCUAUAACUUAUGUUAUACCCAUAAUGCUUUUAUGAUAUCAUUAAAAAUUAGUCUUGUUAUAUAUUCUGUUAUCAUGGAAUAAAUUACUAUUGAGAAUUUGAAUUGUUUUUU